CAACUGUCGGUUCUCGGCAGUACUUUCCUCACGAUCUGACAGCGUGAGGAAAGUGCAGCUGAGAACUGGCAAUUGCAUUUCCCUGUGAUCAGCGUGUCAUUGGACACCGCUGAUCACGUGUACUGCCGAGAGCCAGCAGUUGUCAGAGGAAGGAUCGGCACCAAUCAUGAGGGCACUGAUCAUCAGUGCCCUGAUGAUCAGUGCCCAUCAGUGCCACCCACCUGUGCUCAUCAGUGCCACCCACCUGUGCCCAUCAGUGCCCACCAGUGCCACCCAGCAGUGCAGCCCAGCAGUGCCAUCCAUCAGUACCGCCCCCAGCAGUACUACCAGUCAGUGUCCAGCAGUGCCGUCAGUGCCCAUCAGUGCCACCUCUCAGUGUCCACCAGUGCCGCAUAUCAGUGCCCAUUAGUG